AUGUUAGCCUUCAUUCAGUUCUGCAUCUUCUUCUUCAUAAUAGGCUCAUCAAGAUUUACAUCACAAUUCUCCAAAGUCUCUGCAGAUUACUUGAGGGAACUCUCUGUGAUCAUCUUAACUCCCCGCUUCGUGUUCGUCUUAGGAAACGCCAUCGUCAUCAUCGUAGUCCUCAAGUCCGGGAAUUCAUUGGAUAAUAAUGGAUCUGCCAGCACCGACAAUAACCUCGAACAUGGGAGGAAUCAUGAGUAUGUUUAUAAGGAACCGAGGAUCCGUGUUUCCGGUCCGGAGAACAAAAUCCGUAGGAGCCAGUCGUCGGAGAAUAUGGGGAGGGUGCAUCGCCUGAAAGAGGCGGCUGCAGGCAAGGAGCUGAGGCGGCAGGCGACGUUUACUUGCCGGAAAAGAGACGUGGCGGCGGCGACCGACGAGAUGAGCAACGAAGAGUUUCGGCGGAGGGUGGAGACUUUCAUUGCUCGCCAACAAAGAUCUUUGAGGGAAGAAGAGUUUUCAUCUCUACUUGUUUCAUGUGAAUCAUAG